GGUAUUAUAAAAAUACUUUUUUUCCUCAUUUUCUCUGUAUAUAACAUUUGUCAACAGACUACCUUUAGAGUCAUGUUUCCAUAGACACACAUAAAUCUCUCAACAUUACAUUAUAGAAACAAACAAAAAGAAGUCGGAGAAACCAAAGAAAAUGGGAAGUGAAGGAGGAGAAAAGAAGGCUUUAGGAUGGGCUGCAAGAGAUCCUUCUGGUGUUCUUGCUCCUUACUCCUACACUUUAAGGAGCACAGGGGCAGAUGAUGUGUAUAUAAAGGUUAUAUGUUGUGGAAUUUGCCAUACUGAUAUCCACCAGAUUAAAAAUGAUCUUGGAAUGUCCAAUUAUCCUAUGGUUCCUGGGCACGAGGUGGUAGGUGAGGUGGUGGAAGUGGGAUCAGAUGUGAGCAAGUUUACUGUAGGAGAUGUUGUCGGUGUCGGCGUGAUCGUGGGAUGCUGCGGAAGCUGCAAGCCGUGCAGCUCAGACCUUGAGCAGUACUGUAACAAGAGAGUCUGGACUUACAACGAUGUCUACACAGACGGGAAACCCACACAAGGUGGCUUCGCCGACACCAUGAUCGUCAAUCAAAAGUUUGUUGUGAAGAUCCCCGAAGGAAUGGCGGUGGAGCAGGCUGCACCGCUGCUCUGUGCGGGAGUAACUGUCUACAGUCCGUUGAGCCAUUUUGGUCUCAUGGCAAGUGGGCUGAAAGGAGGGAUUCUAGGGUUAGGUGGAGUAGGGCACAUGGGUGUGAAGAUAGCAAAAGCAAUGGGACAUCACGUGACUGUGAUAAGCUCAUCAAACAAAAAAAAAGAAGAAGCAAUGGAGCAUCUAGGAGCUGACGACUACGUAGUAAGCUCUGAUCCAGCAGAGAUGCAAAGACUCGCAGAUACUCUUGACUACAUCAUCGACACCGUACCGGUGUUUCACCCUCUUGAGCCUUAUUUAGCUUGUCUUAAACUCGAUGGGAAACUGAUUCUCAUGGGAGUUAUCAACACUCCUCUCCAGUUCUUAACUCCUCUCGUCAUUCUUGGGAGGAAAGUGAUAUCGGGAAGCUUCAUAGGGAGCAUAAAAGAAACAGAGGAAGUGUUGGCCUUCUGCAAAGAGAAAGGGCUAACGUCGACGAUCGAAGUAGUGAAGAUGGAUGAGCUUAACAUUGCGUUUGAGAGGCUUCACAAGAACGAUGUUCGUUACAGAUUCGUCGUUGACGUCGCAGGAAGUAACCUCGUGGAGGAGGCUGCAACAAACUAAAAACGUACUAAAUAAAUGUUAUGGGCCUAUUAAUAGGUCCAACGAACGUUUGUUGUGUCUUUUUUUUCCUAAAUGGUUCAGAAAACGAAUGCUUAUGUGAUUUAAUGUCACUGUUCUGCUGGUUUACAUACAUUGGUUUGUCACAAAAGAAAGAAAAAACAAAAAUAUGAGCAUAUAAUUUUCUCCAA